AUGAGUGAGUCCAUGGCGGAUGCACACUCAGCCACCCCUCAACCUGGUUCCGACGAAGACGCAGUCGUCACCACAGCCGUUCCAUCUACUAGUCCGGCGGACGAGAAAACGGACAGUCGUUGCGGCGUAAACAAGAUUGCCAGCCUUGGACGACAGUUAAGGUCAAUGAAGGUACGGGCGACGACCACCAACGUCUCAACGCCGGCCCCCGAUGUAGAUUGAGUACCUCCUGUCACCCUCCCUCCCGCCCCCCGUCCGCCACAGUCCCUGUGUGCAUGCGCUGGUGACCACUAAAGCUGAUCCACCGCCCCCUCCCACUUCAUCCGGCGAGAAGACGCUCUAG